AUUAAAAUCUCUAAGUGUAUCUUUAUAGAAAUGUCAGAGACUUGUGCGUUAUUUACGCGUCUUUGGGUGUUAGCUUAACGUUCUUCGAUACGUCUUUGUAAACAAAAUACGUGACUCUGAAAAUCCACUGCAAAGUUUUAUGAUUUGAAGCAGCUAAAAAAUUCAUACUUGGUUUUUUUGAGGGUUAAAGGUGCCUUACGUGAGAUUUAUGAAAAUAGUAAAUAGCUGAAGUUGAUUUUUUAUUUUCUUUUUUAACUCCUUGAGCCCACCCAUGUACACAAAGCUCCGCCCCCAGAACCAGCGAUUGGUUCAGCUACUAACCAGAGUUAGCGUAAGGUCAGUCUGUCAUAACAUCACUUUCAAACACACUCAGACAUUCAGCUGCUUGAAAUCCAGGUUACAUCUCUAUAAACACGCAAAAUUCUCCUCCUAAUGACUGACGAGGACGUGUUGGGGGCGUGUCUAUAGAAUGAUUGACAACUGGCCAAUACAAAUAAACAUUUAUUUCCAAACUUUUUAAAUCAUUGUGUAAUAUACUUGUACUGAGGCCAUGGCUUGAACUAUUUUUGUCAUUUCUACAUAUUUUUCCGCAUUAUUUGUACUAGUAAGAAAUGAAAAAAUAUCGACUAUUGCACCUUUAAAGCAGCCAUCUGAGGCUAAAGUGGUAGCUACACACCUCCAUUACUUGUUAGCAACAUUAGCCUUGUGACUCCAGUGCAAAAGUUAAGAAGAACUGAAACAUAUUUUGGUUUGAUAACUGUAUGUGGUGUAAAGUGUAAGAGAGAGAGAGAAAAACAGGCAAAAAUGUAUAUUUUUAUCUAAAUUUCUUCCCAAAUCUUGAUUAAGUUGGCACAAAAAUAGAACAGAAUAACUUUGUCAUCAUACAAUACCAAAAAAAAAGUCUAAUAUAGUGUUAAAAGAAGAGGACAGUUCUCCUUUAUCAGACUGAGGUGGAGAAAAGAAAAGCCACUUAAUCUCAUUUACUUCUUUUGUCUAUCCCUGUUGGCUCGAUCCCAAACGCCUUGCUGUUGUAACUCUAGUGCACUACUUAGGGCGCUGAGUCAGGUAUCACGCGCCCUAAAUAGUGCACUUCGGUAGGGAGUGAAACUGGGAUUGUGAUUGGGCCGGUGGCUUCCGCACGCGACGCCGUUGCUAAGGGAGACCUGAGAAGGAAUCCCUGACUGGGACGAAACAGGGCUUGUGUUUGUUAUUAUUAUUAUUAUUACUAUUUAUUUUAUUAAUGAAAAAAUGGACAGUUCUCAUCGCGCUAACGUGCUCGUGACAUCCUGUCUGAAAACACCGGUGGAUCCGCACACUAAAGUCCCGCUGGCUUUAUACGAGAGAGCGCGCGCUGCUCCGGUAAUAACGGAUGCAGAACAGCUGGAGUCUGACUCUGAAUUAGACCAGGGCAAUGAUGAUGUUUGCCCUGAUGUCAGCUGCCCACUGCCAAUUACAGAUCGCUGUAAAAUGGGCAAUCACAUUGACCUGCGUGAGCUGUAUUUUUCUAAUGAGGAGUACUACCGCAAGCUGGAGCAGCUGAGGAGAGCCCACCUUCGCACCAUGGCUGAUCUCGAGCUCAUGUACCUUAAGAAACUUGAGCUGAAGGGCACUGCACCGCUGAGCAACUAUGACAGAGCCUGUCUGCUGCAGUGUCCUCAGACAAACAAUAUGACUGGAGGAAAACUGAAGAAGGCUCACUCAGCCCAUGAGCUCAGAAGCAGCACCUACAUGGAUGAGGUGCGCAAUGACCAAGGUGACCAUAUCGAUCAAAAUAUUACAAAAGAUCUUCUCAGCUCACCGAAAGAACACAUCAAAAACAUGUGGCAAGGUUUCCAUGUUGACAAAAUGUCUCCAAGUAAGCAGCAACCUUCCUCAGCGUCGCUAGAGAACCAUCCAGGUGACCAUAAAGCCAUGGUGGAGCCAAACGCCAUGGCCAGAGUUCAAAGGUCAAAAAAAGGAAAGCGGUCAAAAGAGGAAGGCUGGCGUCCACAGGUGACGGUGCCCAAGCCCUUCCAGAUGACUCUGCGUGAGACGGAAUACAAACACAAGGGGAUCAGGUCUCGCACCGAAAUCGAGCGGGAGAAUGAGGAGCUGCGCCGGGAGCUAGAGGAGCUGACAGAGUGCCAGCGCAAGUUCCGAGCCACUGCGGUGCCUGCUCAUGUGCGCCUGCCGCUAUAUGAGGAACUGAGAGAGCGAGAUGAAGAACGCCGUCGGCAGGUACGGGCUGCAGAACAGCAGCGCCUCUUCGCUGCCCAGAGGCCAUUUAGCUUUCUGGAGAGGGAGCAUAUCAAGAAACAGCAGAAGGAGCUUCAGAUGCUCCUCUCCACUAAGGAGCAAGAGGAGUACAGGAGGCGGCCAUUUCGUGCCAAACCUGUUCCCCAUGCGGUUAAGGAGGCGGCUUUGGGUGAGCGCCAAAAAGAAGAGCAGCUCUACCGGGAAAUCAAGAAAGAGAUGCGGGCGACAGAGAUGCUCCUGAGCGCCACCGAGCCACCCAGCAUACUGGCCAAACGUCUCCGUGAACGCCGUGCACAGAGAGAAGAGCAGUCUGCCAAUAGCACCAACCACAGGAACAGAAUCAGCUCCCAGGUGCCCGACUUUGACGCCAGCUAUAGGCGCUUCCAGAAGCAGCUUACAAGCAAGCGGGAAUGUCGACCUCUGACAGCUUGCGAACCCUUCAAGCUGUGCACAGCUAACAUCAGCUCGUGUAAAGAGCGCCUCGCAGCCAAUACUGAGGCAGAGAGGAGGAGCCAGAGUGCAUCUAGGUGCCUGUUUGUUUCAUGUUCACCUCGAACACCUUCGUCCUCUGUGUGUUCAUCUCUCUCUGGGAGCCAUGAUUACCUACCUUCCAAAAUUACUGAUGCAGCCAAGAAACGUCAAGAGGCUGUUAGGAAAGUUCUCGAACAGAGGAAGAAGGCUGAGCAAGAGGAGGAGAAAUGGAAGGAGCGUCAGAGGCAGAAGGAGAGGAAACUGCAAAAGCUGGUUGCCAAGCGUGCUCAGGCCAACGACCCACAUGUGGCCCUGGCACAGAUUUGCGAAUCCAAACUCAAGGAGUUCAGGAAACAGGACCUGCAGAGGCGCAAGGAGUAUCAAGAGGAGAUGAGAGAAAUUCAAGAGAGAGUGAAACAAAGACCUCUUUUACUAGAACGAGUAACACAGAUGAAUGCUAAGAAGGCAGCAGAGAAGCGCUACACUGAAGCUCUGCGUGCGUUUGGUCUCAACGAGGCCUUCGUCAACAGUAAAGCUCCCACAAGUGAACAUGACCACACUCUCUCAGGUCGUUCGGUGAUUCACACGCCUCUCACACACAGGAAGGACCAAACAGCUGAUCAUCUGGAGGACGCUGAUUUUGAAGAUUAUAUACCUGGCGAAUAUCCUGCUGAUUAUGAAGAUUAUGAACAAGACGUCGAGGACGUACUGAUGGACAGGAAGAGCGAGAGACGGCAGGAGGAUGAGGGAGAAAAACUAGACAAAGAAGGUGACACCAAUGAGGACAGAGACAGCAAUCGCUCCUAUAAGGACGAUCUGGAUUUUGAUGAUUAUGACGAUAAGGAUGGGGAUGAAAGUGAUGAAGGGUGUGGCGACAGGAGCCACAGUUGCCAUAGCAACACAAGCAGGGUGAGUGAUGACGGAAAAAGAAGUACAAGCCCUUUAAGGGAUGGAGAGAUGAAAGAAGACGGGAAAAGCAGACAUGGAAGUCAGGUGUCUGUGAGUGGUGAAGAAACAGAAGGAAAAGAAAGAGGAGAAGAAAAGAAUGAUGAUAAGGACUGAAGAAGCACUUUCAUUUGUGCCUCUUUGGCUCCUCUUGUGGAAAUGGUUGGGAUUUUUUUUUGUGCAGUAUUUAUUGUAAGUGUGGAGUGUAAAUUGAUCUGUCCUUUUAUUUCAUCUUGAUGUAGACGUUGCGAUCUUGAUAUAAUAAAGAUUCGUUCUCUUUCAUAGCCGGGUCAACGUCCACGUUGGCUUUUCUUUGUUUACACUGAUUAGGUAC